AUGGAGUGCCGCGAGCCGUCUCUCCCGGAUGUAGACGCUGGUCGCCGGCACGCCAACGAGUGCCGCGUCGAGUAUUUCCUCUUCAUCAUCGACCGCCGAGCAGAUGGCAGGAGGCUUACUGAGCAACUGGGCGCGCUUCAGAAAGCAGCCCUGGAGCUCUGCCGCAGCCUCGCUGACAACUACAUCUGGCAGCGGGACGAGUUCCGCCUGGAACUAAAGACCGGGCAAGGUCAAGCAUUUCUUUACGGCGCAACAGACUACGGUGAUGCCGUCGAGGACGAGUGGCUCAUUGUGUACAUGCUGCGCGAACUGACCAAGACGUUUCGCCACCUCUGGGUCCGCGUCGCCGACUCUGACGGCGAAUUCUUGUUGAUAGAGGCAGCCGGCGUCCUGCCGGCAUGGAUCAGUCCAGACACGGAUGAAAACCGGGUCUGGAUUCACGACUCAAAACUGCUCAUCAUACCAUCAUCAUCUGCCCAGGACCACCAACCUGGCCAGCUUCCACAGCAAGGGGCUAUUAGCCUCCGCGCCGCCGUCGAGUUUCUGAAAAGCAAGCCGAGCGCGCUGGUCCAUUCUCCCAUGAUAGAGUCAGAGGCCUUCUACAGACUGGAAAAGUAUCCAGAGCACAUAGUCUCCUCUGCUCAUCAUUCUCUCGUCACCAUCCCCAGAACACUCGCGUACGUCCUGCACGAGUUACCGAAAUCUAUCUCGAUGGCUGUGGAAUCGUUUUAUCUCCGGGACGUCGUCGCGUUGAAGCAAAUCAUGUCUGUGUCCGGUCCGCUGACCUUUCCUCCGGAAGACCUGGUCACAACGAGCGUCCAGUUUAGCAGGGUGCUCUUCGCACAGUUAAAGUCGCAGCGUUUUGAGCCCCCGCCAAGAUGGAAAGCCCUCUUCGAAACCGCGUAUUCCUCGUCCAACGGAAAACGGCUGCCUCGACUUGAAAUGGGCAUGAAACUGACAUGUGGAUAUGAAAUUCUCUCUAAACGUGCACACCAAAGUCGGCAUCGCGUGGUCCAGCAAUUGGGGAUCCUGUUGCAAGACCUCGCGGAAGACGGCCCCGGAGUUCUGCCCACCGACCGGGAGAUUCGGUCGUGGCCGAAUCAAGAGCGCAAUGACGACGAGGGCUGGAUGGAAAUCGAUUUCGACGAGUUUGAGCGUGGUCUCGCACAACAAGGAGCACCCGGUCAGUCAAAGACGGAGGAGAGUGCUCGUCCUGGUAACUCUCAGAUUCAAACGGAUCUUAGCAAGAUGGUGUCUCGGUUCGAAGCGUUUCUGAAUGAUGACAAAUCCGGCCUGGACGGGGCCUCCAUCGACGGGGAGGGAAAUGACGAUGAAGCGGAAAUGUCGGACGAAGACAGCGAGUACGAAGACAAAAUCAUCAGCUUUGACGACGAAGAAUUUGCAAAGAUGAUGAGGGAUAUGAUGGGUCUUCCGGACCAAGGUGCUGGGAGCACGUCAGCUGUAGCCUUGGGUGAGCCGCACAACACCCUCCCGCCGAGUGCACAAGGUUUGGACGACGAUUCCGGUGAACUGCAGCAACUUUCUCUUCAGCUGGAGGCUGAAUUGAAGCAGAAUGGUGCCUUGAACCUGGUCUCGGAUGCCGGCAGACGACCAAUGCCAACUCAAGCAUCACGCCGAGAUGCUGUGCGGCAAGUCAAGGCAACUGUUGAUCCAGAAGAUGGGGAAGGGAUAGUAGAUGUCGACUACCACCUGGCUCAGAACAUUCUCGAAAGUUUCAAAGGGCAGGCUGGCAUGGCUGGGCCUGCGGGUAAUCUCUUGGGCAUGAUGGGAUUGACGCUGCCAAGAGACGAUGAGGAUGAGUCAUGA